UCAUCACCAUCAUCACCAUCAUCACCAUCAUCAUCACCAACAACAUCAAUUAUAUCCAACUCUGUACUAUCAUUGGCCUCUACUAGACUAUCAUUGGCCUCUACUAGACUAUCAUUGGCCUCUACUAGACUAUCAUUGAAAUCCCACAUCCGCUGGAAAUCCCACAUAUCCUCCAAAAGAGAUCCCAUUUUUCCCCAAUAG